AUGUACAACUACCGGCCGCGCGACGGCCCACCGCGGCCCUACAUGGGCGGCCCUGGCGGCGCGCAUGCGCCCGAGUGGGGCACGCGCAACCUUGAUUUUGAUGUGCGCCUGACGCCGGUCCAGACGUUUGUCGAACGUUGCUGUGAUUCGAGUCUGGACCACCCCAACCUGUCGGUCGAGCUGGAGCUCGCCGACUAUGUGAACACGAAGCGCGCAAAUUCUGCGCGCGAGGCCGUGUUCGAGGUCGUUGCCAAGAUCAAUUCGCGGCUGCCGCACGUCGGUCUGCUUGGCCUUCACCUCCUGGAUAUCCUCGUCAAAAAUUGUGGAUAUCCCGUGCACCUCCAGCUCGGCACAAAAGAGUUUCUCAACGAGCUCGUGCGUCGGUUCCCCGAGCGUCCGCCGAUGCACCCUAGCCCGGUGAUGAGCAAGAUCCUCGAGAUGAUCCACGAAUGGCGCCAGACGCUGUGCGUCACGAGCAAGCACAAGGAGGACCUCGUACACAUCCGCGACAUGCAUCGCCUUCUUAUGUACAAAGGCUACCGCUUCCCAAAGGUCGAUGCACGCAACGCCGCUGUCCUCAACACGGAGCACUCGCUGCAGUCCCCGGAAGAGCUCGAAGAAGAAAACCGCCUUGCGCAGGGCGCCAAGCUCCAGGAGCUCAUCCGUCGCGGUACGCCGCGCGACCUGCAGCAGGCGCAAGAGCUGAUGAAGGUCAUGUCCGGCGCCGAGCCCGAGUCGAGCGUCCAGACCGCCCAGGUCGUCAAGGAGCUCGAAAAGGUCCAGGCACGCAUCAAGCUCCUCAACGAUAUGCUCGACCAGGCAAAGCCUACGGAAAAGUUUGUUUCGGGUGAUGCCUACGACCAGGUGGCCUCCAACCUGCGCAGCGUUCAGCCGCGCCUCCAAAAGUGGGUCGGCCAGGCAGAGGAGGAAGAGUCCGAGCAGCUCGCCAAGUUCCUCGAGGUAAACGACCUGAUCAACCAAACCCUCGCGCGGUACGACGCCAUGGUCCAGGGCGAUACGGCCAAGGCCAAUGCCAGCAAGGCCAAGGUCGACCUGAUUUCCUUUGACGAGGAGGAAGAGGCCGCACCGGCGCAGCCCAAGUCGUCGGGCUUUGCGCUGGACGACCUCGCAUCCCUGUCUAUCGGCCCGUCGACGCCAGCGUCGGGGCAGUCGACACCGCAGCCGCCGUCGCAGCCGCCGGCCACGUCCAAGGCCGCCGGAAAGCAGACCGCUCUCGACCUCCUCGGCGACUGGGACGACACGCCUUCGCAGCCGAUCUCGCUCGGCAUGUCGUCCACCCCUGCGCCGUCCUCUAAGCCUGCCGCGCAGCCCACGCCCGCACAGCCCACGCCCCCCGCGUCCAACGAUCCGUUUGCAGGACUCGACUUGCUCAAGUAG